AUAUGGAAGUUUGGCACAUUGGGGGAUUUAUGUAAAAUUUAUCGCUUUACAGCUUGGUAUAAUAUAUUUUCAGACAUCCUCGAGAUUAAAUAAUAUCCUUUUUAGUGAUAGUUUAUUAAAGUAAAUAUUUCCCUUCUACAUAUGUGACGUAAUCGCGCUACUCCAUUUAUGGGUUCGUUGGCUAAUCAUCAUCAAAAGCAGCUUUGUAUAUCCGUUGUUCUGUCCUGCCAUCCUUAUGCUACUUUGGAUAUUUGCUUUACUGCUCUCAGUUGUAUCAUCGGUUCUCCUAGAUUUAAACAGACAGAUCGGAACUCAAAAGAUCUUUAAAGAUAUUCCGGAAUAUGAGAUUUUCUACGUAUGAAAAUCACUUCAGAAUGAAUUCGAGAAGUGAACUUAUUUCUCUACGUUCUUUUACCUGUAAAUAAGAGAAAUAAAAGAUCGAUCGUUCAGUUUUGUAGAAGAAAACACCAGAAAUCUAAAUUAUUCCGGAAUUAAAGAUUUCUUCUUGAAAAACUCGAGAAUGAACGACUAUCUGAUAGAAUUUCGGUUGGAAUUUGACAACCAGACCAGCUUCUGGAGUAACUUGACUGGAAAUUGGUCAUUUUCUAACGUUUCUACAAAUAUCGACUUUCGCGUGGAAGAGGAACCGUUACGUCCCUAUUACGGAAAAGAAUUGAGCAUCUUCAGAGAGAAAUACACUUCGGUGCACGGCUACAUCUCCGUUAUAGUAUGUCUGUUCGGCAUCUUCGCCAACAUCCUCAACAUCAUCGUUCUGACCAGAAAAGACAUGAUCUCUCCCACCAAUGCCAUCUUGACGGGAUUGGCGGUGGCCGACAUGUGUGUCAUGUCUUCUUAUUUACCAUUCGCCAUUCACAAUUACAUCAGAGUAGACCAGGCGGACGAAGAUAAAUUUUCGUACGGGUGGGCCGCCUUUACUUUGUUUCACGCCCACUUCACCGUGGUAUGUCACACCAUCUCUAUAUGGUUGACCGUCACUUUGGCCAUUUGGAGAUUCCUCUCGGUUAGAUUCCCAGCUAACGUGGUAAAAUGGUGCAAUAUGAAUCGAGCCAAACUAGCUAUAACUAUGACGUACGUUUAUUGCGCAAUAUUUUGUCUACCCGUAUACUUGACCUUCCAAAUUCACGAAGUGCGUGAGAACCAAGAAGUCACAUACCAGAUAGGAUUUAGUAGAAUCGCUCAGAAAAGACAACAGUUACUCCAAAAUGUCAAUUUUUGGAUAUUUAGUGUUCUGACCAAGUUAGUGCCCUGCGUGUUAUUAACAGGUUUGAGUCUGGGAUUGAUUAGAGUACUGUACGAAGCGGAUUUGAGAAGACAGAGGUUGAAGAAUCGUUCGGAAUGCGACAAAUCGUGCGAUAGAACCACUCGAAUGUUGUUGGCCGUCUUGUUACUCUUUCUAGUCACAGAAUUUCCAUCAGGAAUUUUGGCUCUUCUUAGCGGUAUUUUGGGUAAAGAUUUUUUCGAUAACGUUUAUCAGAAUUUUGGAGAAAUCAUGGACUUUCUGGCACUUGUUAACAGUGCCAUCAAUUUCUUCCUCUAUUGCUCUAUGAGUCGUCAGUUCAGAGAUACCUUUGCAAAACUCUUCACGCCGAAGAUGGUGACUAAGUGGAUAGCAGUUCCCACGGAACAAGCCGUUACGCGUGAUACCACUUGCGUGUGAUUACGCGUUACGAAAGCUUUUAAUUGCGCACAAUAUAAUGUUAACGUUAUAAUUAAAAAAUAAUCGUUCGAAAAAAAAGCCAGCUCAAAUUCUAUUUGUUAUAUAAAGUUACGUUGUAUUUAAAGACAAAAGUUGUAAAAUAAAGAUGUUAAAGU